AUGAGAAUGAAUUAGAGACUGGAGCCGAAUGUUACAAGAAACCUGAAUGUUUGUGCUUCUAAAUCAAUCAUCGAAAGCCAUUACAACUUCAACUUUGAAUCUCCAACCAGAGCUGGAAACGAAAGCUAUCUUUAAAAAUUUAGAGAAAUUUUAAACUUUAGAAGGGGCUAGCAACCAUAAUUGCAGCUGAAGCAUGAGAAAGAAGUCACAAUGGUAGAAAGAUUAAAUAGUUAAAUAAAAUAGAAAAUUCACAGGCUUAAGGAAUCAAAUUCUGUUGUUGAUAGCAAAAUUGACACCAUUAACACUCAAGAUAUUAGUUUGGCAAAUAAUACACUUAAUUUCAAGGCAAAAAAAGAUCUAGAUACUAAAACUAGCUUCUUCAGAAUGUAAUAGAGCCAACCAGUUAUACCUAAGCAUUAAUAUAAUGAAAAAGAGUAACAUCGAUAAUUGAAUUAUCAUACUCAAGCAAACAAAGCUAAGAAUAGCAGUUUAAAGAAAAAUAAAAAUAUUUUAAACUAAGACAUUUUAGAUGAACUCAAUGGUAUUUUACAACCCUACCAGUGA